AUGCUUGGCAUCGGCCCAGACUACGUAGAUCGGCUAUCGAUAGAAGACUACCAGGACCUUAGGCUGAAAGGCAAGAGUAAAAGCGGGCGACAGUACUCCUUACGCGGCUCCUCUAAGCGCCCAGCGGGCGGUCCUGACCACCCCCCCACGCCCAAGCGGAUCGCCAAGUUCGGCGGGGACGGCGUGGACGAUGAGGGUUACAUAACUAGUUAG